CUCAUCCUUUUCUUCACCUUACGAUAUCUCUUCCUUCUUCCUUUUAAACAUACAUCCAUCAUGUCUGACGCCAACGCCAUGCAAAUUGAUUCUCAAUCACCAGCAAAGAUGGAAGAAACAGAGCAAACGGCUAUGAAACCAGAAGAGAAUUAUUCAGGAGAUGGUAGUCUGUCAAGCGAAGCAGCAGUUUUCCAACAACAAAGCAAUAACGGCAUUCAUGGUAUGGGAAGUGCACCUACAAUUCUCACUUUACGUUCUUUAGUGAGCACAAAAGAGGCAGGUGUAAUCAUCGGAAAAGGUGGUGCAAAUGUGGCCGAAUUACGUGAAAAGAGUGGUGUAAAAGCAGGCGUAAGCAAAGUCAUUCAAGGCGUUCAUGAUCGUGUUUUGAGCAUCACAGGUACGAUCGAAUCAAUCGCUUUAGCUUUCUCUUUGAUCGCUGCUACAAUUUUGGAAAACCCUUUAACUCCUGGCAUGCCUGCCGUUCCUGCAAGCGAUGGCGCUGCUGGCAGCGCUACAAUUCGCUUAUUGAUCGCACAUAGUUUGAUGGGCACCGUUAUUGGUCGUCAGGGUUUGAAAAUCAAGCACAUUCAAGACACUUCUGGUGUACGCAUGGUUGCAUCAAAAGAUAUGCUACCAUCCUCAACCGAACGUAUUGUUGAAGUACAAGGUUCAGUUCAAGGUAUUCAAAUGGCUGUUGGUGAAAUUGGUCACUGCUUAUUGGAAGAUUGGGAACGUGGACAAGGAACAAUCCUAUAUAAUCCUGCUUUGGAUACUAGUGGUGCAGGUGUCUUGGCCAUGACUGGCGAAGGUGGCUUAUUGCCUCAACCUCAAGGCGGCCGUCGUGGAAUGGGCGGUCAAGGCUUCAACGGUCCUUUUACCGCACGUAGAAUGCAAGGUAUGCCACACGCAAACAACAACAACACAAGUCGUGCUGCUGCUGUGAACCCAGGUGGUUCGUUUGUUCCACCUACCACAGAAGGUGGACAAAUUCCAGCACAAGUGAUCGAAGGUGAUAUUCGUGUACAAAACAUCAGCAUUCCGUCUGAUAUGGUUGGUUGCAUUAUCGGUAAAGGUGGAAGUAAGAUCACUGAGAUUCGUCGCUUGAGUGGAAGUCGUAUCUCUAUCGCUAAAGUACCUCAUGAUGAUAGCGGUGAAAGAAUGUUCACCAUUCAAGGUACCGCAGAAUCUAACGAAAAGGCUUUGUUCCUGUUAUACAACUCAUUAGAACAAGAGAAAGAACGCCGAGCAUCUGCACAAGGUCCUUCAAUGGGAGGCGAAGAUAGUGGAGUUAACGGAACGGAGAAUGUCAAGAUGGAGGCUUAAGAAAGAAGGAGGGAGAGACUAGAAUUGAUAAUCGAUCUAAUGUGUAGAAGGGAUUCAAAGCAUCCCACCGAGAGAGAACGUAAUAUACGUUUUACCAAAUCCUCUGAUCAUCAUCAUCAUCCAAUCUUUGUACGGCUAACUUGUAUUUUGUAGAAGAAAAAAGAAGAAUGAAUCAAAAAGAUGUACUC